AUGUGCCAAGCUGAGGGUGGACCCCGUACGUGGGCUGCCGAACCAGGCGAGCGAGCUCGAGAGGCGUCGGGAGGCAUUCGGUGCCAACACUAUACCUCCGGCCAGAAGUAA